AGGGCAUGUGAUCGCCUCCGACGAGGCGCCUCGCACGUGCGAACCGCCAAAGCUUGAGAAAGAGUAUUCAUAUCUCUCUCUCUCUCUCUCUCUCUCUCUGUCUUCCUAGACAAGCAGGAAGACCUGACUGUCACUGAACUCACUCCUCCCCUCUCUGCGCUUGUCUGAAUCCUCCGAAGUCAAGAAAAUGGCUUAGCGGAACCGCCCGGAAAUCUCGCUUCCACCCAUUUCUCUUCCUCCUUCUUCUUCGUGUUCAUGAUCUUCAGCGUGGGUGGAGAAGAAGAAGCGGACAUGACCAGGGGGUGGUUCAGCACUUUCUCUCGACAGAUUUUCGUACUGGUGCCAUGUAUUCUUGUCUCGUGCUGUUACUCACUCUCCAUCAAAGAAAACCCCAUUUUAAUGGGAUUAGAGGGAUAUGCAAUGGCUCCCGAUAUCUCACCUGGUGGUGAACCUCAACCUUUUCUUCCUUCUUUAGCUCCUUCACCAUUGACCCCAUUCACAAAUAACACUGUGCCAACAUUAUCAGGGCUCUGCAUGUUGAACUUUUCAGCUGUGGAAAACCUAAUGAGGGUAACCGCAACUGACUGUUGGGCCUCUUUUGCUCCUUACCUAGCAAACGUGGUAUGUUGUCCUCAGUUUGAUGCCACCCUGGUCAUUCUCAUGGGGCAGUCCAGUAAAAAUUCUGGGGUGCUCGCUUUAAACUCGACUCACUCCAGGCAUUGCCUCUCAGAUGUUGAGAAGAUUCUUGUGAGUCAAGGUGCUAAUGAAACUCUUCCAAGCAUCUGCUCGGUCCACUCAGCGAACCUCACUGGGGCCACCUGCCCUGUGAUUGAUGUGGCCGAGUUUGAGAGCAGUGUUGACACCUCGAGGCUUUUGUCUGCUUGUGAGAAGAUAGAUCCUGUUAAGGAGUGCUGUGACCAAGUCUGCGGAAAUGCGAUUUUGGAUGCUGCUAGGAAGAUCUCGCUGAGUGGUUCUAGCUUGGAUGAUUGUAAAAGUAUUGUCUUGAGGUGGCUUGCGAGUAAGCUCGAUCCUUCUUCAGCAAACAGUGUUCUCAGAGGGCUCUCAAGUUGUAAUCUAAAUAAAGUUUGUCCACUGGACUUUCCCAAUAUAACAAAGGUGGCAGCAGAAUGUGAGGGUCCGAUAAAUAACAGAACAGCUUGCUGCAAGGCCAUGGACAGUUACACCUCCUGGUUGCAGAGGCAGAGCUUCUUGACCAACUUGCAGGCACUGAAUUGUGCCGCAAUGCUCGGUAUGAAAUUGCAGAAAGCUAAUGUCUCUAAGAAUCUUUAUAACCUCUGCCAUGUAAACCUCAGAGACUUCUCCAUUCAAGUCGUCUCGCAAGCUUCUGGGUGUCUUUUGCCGAGCUUGCCAUCAGAUGCAACCUUCGACAAAAGUUCGGGUAUCAGCAUUAUAUGUGAUCUCAAUGACAACAUUGCAGCGCCAUGGCCAUCCAGCUCUCUUGAGCCUGUGUCUUCCUGCAAUAAAACUAACAAAAUUCCCGCACUUCCCUCACCAACCUCAGCACAAAGCGGUAUUCACAUCGAGAAUUUCAUGUUCCUUCUGUUGUUCGCAUCUUUGCUGUUCCUCAAGAUGCCCCCUUGAGUUUGGUCUUCAUGCCGGGAUUUCCCAUUUCCUUAAACAGAGAUCAAUUCAAAAUUUAUGUCACCCUGUAAAUUCUGAGUGGGGAGAUUGAGUUUCAUUUAGAUUUGCAUGUUAGAACAAGAAAUUGCCUGAUUCUUAUGUAGCCUAUCUAAUAAAAGCUUGUAACCAUCAAAAACAGAAAUUUACAGCUGGUUUGGUUUCACAAACCGAUUUAUAGCGGUGAGAGGUUUCAUAAUCA